GCUCUUCUCAAAAGGGCGUACAUUUUUGUCCCUCUGACUCGGUGUGCCCCAACGAGUGGCUCUCGCGUGGCCUCAUCCACGCCCUUUGAUUAUUGGAAGGAGUCACACGCCUCCACUGUUGUUCUCAUGCAUUUCCUUACCUGUGAUAAGGACUGCACGCUGGUGGAGUUCGCACGCGUGCACAACGUCCAUCACCGCGACCUUUGGCUUCCCUUGGAGGCGGCUCUGCCCCGUCGUGCCGGUCCGCACACCCUCGUCACGGUCGGCGCCAAUACCGCCAUGGCGCUGUGGGACGGCUCCACCAACUCCCUUUCCUUCGAUAAGCGCAGCAUCUGCGUGAAACUGCAGGUGGCCGACGCCCUGUCGUGCGAGCACACCUCGGUGCACAUCGACCCCUCCGCCACACCCCGUGGCUGCACCGUCUUCGUGCGGUGGGAUCGCAAGGGCGUGAAGCUGCUCCACCCCCCGACACAGGUGCUGCACUGCAGCGCGGAAAAGGAACAGCUGCGGUCGUCGUCGCGUAGCACCGUCGCCGGUGCGAAGCACAGCCGAGCGAACGACGACGGGAGGGCAGCGUAG